AUGUACUCUAAUCUAGCCAGAGGCCAAGUAUUUCCCUUGGCUGUUGGGGUUUCUUUAAAACCCAAACGUCUUAAACCCUGCUCUUUACCAUUUGGGUCUCAUUAUAAACCCUCACUAAACCCUCUAUGCGCCCCCUUUACAGCGUUUUCACUUGGGUUUGAUCACAAAACCCAUGAAGUUUUCAACUUUUUGAGGCCAACAAGAAAUAGUAGUGGAUUUCAAUGCAAGUCCAUAGAAAUGGGUGGGAUAACUAGAGGCAGAAGUAUUUCAGGAGGGUUUAGAAUUAGAAGUGCUGUGCAUUGUUCUGCUAGAGUCUCUAGGUCGUUUUCGCAGAGAGUUGGUGAAGGGAGUGGUGUGGAGAGAGUUGGAAAGUCACUUCCCUGGUUAAAUUCUAAGAAAGUCAAGAAAGCAAAAGGAUCGGAGAAAGGGGCAAGUGCAAAGAGUAGGCAGUCUUCUUGGGGGGAAUCUGUGAAAAGAUUGGAGAAAGUCAGUGAUGGCACUUCCUGGUUGGAAUCGGGGAAAAGGUUAGAGAAAGGGACCAUUGCGGAAACUGGCCACUCAUCUUGGGAGGAGUCUAUGAAAAGGUCAGAAGAAGUAGGGGUUGGAAAAACUGAUAGAUCUUCUUGGGAGGACUUGGCAGAAAGUGUUUCUGGGAAAAAUAAAGAAAGUACAAGGGAAAUGAUAGGUGUUGUUAAAUACAAGCAAGGUGGUUAUGGUUACAAGGAAUGGGAAGAUAGUGUUGAAGGAGGAGGAGGAGGAGAAGAGGAACUGGAGGUUGUUGAUGAUCCAAGAUGGGAUAAGAUCAAAACUAGGUUCAGAGGAACGAUGGGCAUGAAAGGCCGGACUGAGAAACCUGAGUUUCAAAGGUGGAAUAAGCAGGAGAAUUGGGGUAGAAAGACAUGGAAAGAGGCUACAGAAUCGACUGUUCCUAGGAUUGUUGGUGAAGGGGUUUAUGGGGUGGGUCCAGUUUUGGCUGCAUUAUCAGCUGGAAGAAGAGAAUUCUAUGCAUUGUAUAUUCAAGAAGGGUUGGAUUUGAGUGGCAAUAAUAGGAAGAAGAAGGACAAGAAAGGGUUUGAGAAAGUGAUGAGGAUGGCUAAGAAAAUUGGGUUAAGCACAAAGGAAAUUUCAAAGCAUGAUCUUAAUAUGAUUGUUGAUAAUCGCCCCCAUCAAGGCCUUGUGCUUGAUGCAUCUCCACUGGAGAUGGUGAAAAUACAGGAAUUAGAUGGUGUUUUGCCCGAUGAAGAAAUGGGUUCCCUUUGGGUAGCCUUGGAUGAGGUCACAGAUCCCCAGAAUCUGGGGGCAAUUAUCAGAUCUGCUUACUUCUUUGGGGCCUCAGGGGUAGUACUAUGUGCAAAAAAUUCAGCUCCAUUGAGUGGAGUUGUGAGCAAAGCAAGUGCAGGUUCACUUGAACUAAUGGAACUUAGGUAUUGCAAGAAUAUGAUGCAGUUCUUAGUAUCAUCAGCUGACAAUGGAUGGCGAGUUCUUGGUGGUUCUGUUUCUUCAAAAUCUGUUCCGCUGAAUGAGGUUGUGCCUGGUCAACCAACAAUCCUUGUUUUGGGCAGCGAGGGCACUGGUUUGAGGCCCUUGGUGGAGAGAUCAUGUACUCAAUUAGUUCGUAUCCCUGGAAACAUUCCUGUGGAUGCAACCGUGGGAGGAGGUGAUGAAUUGGACAACGAAGUAGCAAAUCUUGAGUGCUCGAGUGCAGAGUUCCGUUCCUUUCUGGCCGUGGAGAGCUUGAAUGUCAGUGUUGCUGCAGGUGUGCUUCUUCACCAUUUAAUUGGAAACAAAAAUGAGAAUCGCCACAGAGGUCAUACUUCAAUGGUCUUACUUGAAUGA